AUGUCGGCGGCCGGAGAUGGUGGCGGCCGGAGGCCCCCUACCGGAAAGAGAAAGAGGGAGUUGAAGAAGAUCGAGGAUAAGUUCGCGAGAGAGGUCACCUUCUCGAAGCGGCGAGGCGGCCUGUUUCGCAAGGCUAGCGAACUCUCCAUGCUGUGCGGUGCGGAGAUCGCAAUUAUUGCCUACUCCCCCCACGGCAACCCGUUCGCGUUCGGCAGCCCCUCCGCGGCCUCAGUCCUCGGCCGCUUUUGUGGGUCGGCCUGCUCUUCAGAGGACGCGGGUCCGGGUGCUGUUCCCAUUGAUCAGAAGCAAUUGAGCGAGUACGGUAGACAGGACCGGGAGGCGCUCUCGAGGCUGGAUGCGGCGAGGAAGCGGCAGGAGGCAAUCCGCGACGGGAAGGCCUGGCGCUGGUGGGAGGAACCCCUUGGGGAGGACCUCGGAGCCGAAGAACUCGAGGACUACAUCAAGAGUGUGGAGACUCUGAUGGAGAAGGUCGACCAGAGACUGGAGGUGAUGAGGGGCGCUGCUACUGCCCCCACGCCGUCGGAGGGUUCAUGCGGCAGCACCGUCGUGGAUCCUUGCUCGGACAUGUUGGAGAUGGGUAGGGCUACUGCUGCCCCCCCGGCUACUUCCCCUACGCCGUCCGAGGCUUCAUGGAGCAGCACCGUUGUGGAUCCUUGUUCGGGAAUGUUGGAGAUGGGUAGGGCUACUGCUGGCCCCCCGGCUGCUGAGAUUUCGAGUGGAGACGGUGGCAAUGUGGUCGUUGAUCCUUCGUUGUUGGAUAUGAUCGAGGGGGAGGGGCAGGGGGAGGAAGAACUGUUCGUUGGAGGAGAGUACGACUUUGAGUCACUGAGCAGUCUCUUGGAGUUGGAUUAUGAUAUUGGGUCUAUGCCUUUAUGGGAUGUCGGGGAUUGA